AUGAAGGUUUUGCUCACUUCUGACUGGAUUGUCGAUCACUGGCAGAACUUCGGCCAAGCCGAGAUUUGGGCAAUGAGACGUCUUGCUGAAGGCGCAGCUCGGAUAAGAGCCCAGGGCCGGGAUAGGGUGAAGGACGGGGGCCACCAGGCUCGGCGUGCUCCGUUGCAACGUCGAGACCAUCCAGUGAACGCCAUCGAUAUUUUCCAGAAGUCCCGUCGGGAGAUACACGUGGGGAAACCAUUGGAGAAGAACCGCAACGCUGGUGAGAUGGAUUCCAAAGAGAUGACGGGCGGCCACAAGCGAGCCCACGUUCUAGUAUCGUUCGCGCUCAUUGGCCAGGUGGACUACACUCAGCUCUAUCCCGCCGGUCCGCCGCCAUGCCUGCCAAGCUACAGCCAAGGCCCGCCCAAGUGA